GGCGAGGGUUGGGGAACGCAGGGACGCCCCGGGGACGCGUGUUCCCCGCUAGCAGCAGGGGGGCGCCCCGAGCGAGUCUGGGCAGCGCACAGCUCCGCGGGUCUCCUAGCGACUCGAGAGGCGGGGGAAACACACCACCGGAGGCCGAGUGGGCAGCGGGGAAGCACGGCUGACCGCAAGCGGUUGUUCGCACCGGCGGCGCGGGCCGGGGUGUCGCUGGGCAUGGACUGCAGGCCCUGGUCCAGAGAAGAUCUGCCGUCCAAGUGCUUCACAAAGGACAGGCGCAGGUCGCCAUGUCCCACGUCACUGAACAGCCGGCAGUGGAGAUUUGUGAGAACGCGACUGGAUGACUUCCGGAAAGGCUGCCCGCCUCGCGGAGGUGGGAUCACUCAGGGCCCUGAGGAGGGCUUUCUCCCCCAGAUUUAUCACAGAGCUCCGCGACCUGCCCCGAAGAGGAGACAGAAGAACAUGCUGCCUAGGGAAGCAGCCCUGUGUUCCACGCUCUCGCCGGCCCGGCAGGCACGGAACGACUUCCGGGCGGACGUUGAGGCCCAUCUGACCCCGCACCCCUCGGCCCUCUACCCGGACCUGGAGGAAGACAUGCCUGCAGAACUCUUAUUAAAGGUGCUGGAAGUGCUGGAUCCUGACAGGAAGCUGGAGGACACAUGGGGUUAUUGUCAGGGCAUCCGGAAAAGAAUGAAGGAACCCACAAAACUUUUAAAAAAAUGUUCUACCCAAGUCUACCUGGGGCAUCCCAAGAAGACUCCUGUGUCACAUCCAGGCCAAUGGCUUUAUGAAGAAAAGAAGCCAAGUGAAACAGAUCUGCUCUGCAAUGAUGGUCCACUUCUUCACGAAAACGGGGGCCUGAACAUUGAUGAGGAGUUCAUCCUGAGACAGUUUAACAUUGACUAUCAGAGCAAACCAAGCUAUAAUGUGCUCCAUACAAUGAGACCCAACCAGGUUCCUCUGGAGCUAAAGAAAAGGAUUGGGCUAAAUCAACUGCAGGAGCCACAGUUUUUCCAGAAACUACACUAUGAGCAGAGACUUCAGAAACCACAGAAUCCUUAUAAACCAAAGUGGGUAAAGAUGAGGUACGGAGCAUGGUAUCUGAACACCAAGUUGUGGAAAAAGCAAAGAGCCGAUGAACCUUUGGUCGACCCCGAGGUCUUACGUAAGGCUCAAGAUGAGAAUAUUAAAAAGGAGCUAUGGGAACAGGAGGAGUUACUCGCAGACCUUCAUGGAACAGUUGCCUUUAAGGAUUUCGUUCUGAGCAGGGGCUGCAGGAUGCCGAGUUUCCUUGCGAAGAUGUAUAUGAGGAAGGAAUGUAAAUGUGAGUGUAACAAGACUUCUGUAAAAUAA